CUUGUUUGAUGCAUUUUGUAAUGUUUGUACCCCUUUGGUCUAAAUGAAGAAUGUUGAGGGGAAGAACAGUUUUACAGCCUUAAUUUGCGUCCUCCUUUUAGCCUUAACGAUCGCAGUACCACGUGGGCGUGUUCUCGCCUCUUGUUAAACUUUGCACCUCCUGUCCUCCAGAGCUGUGCGCACUUUGCAGAGCAGCCACUUGCUGCAGAGCGGAUGCAGAGGUGAGCAUCGGCUUUGCCCGUGGUCCCACGGCCACAGCUCAGGCUCCGGCUCUGAUUCAGGACGAGACCAGAGGAUGGACUUCUAUCAUUUUACUCUACUCUGCGGGGCUCUGGUGUUUGUUUGGGAAGUCCCUUGUUUUCAGGCUCUUGCUAUUUUCCCUGUAGCUGCUCCAAAGAGCAGCAAGGUGGCGAAACAUUUGAAUGGACAAGAAUCAUCGAAAUAUUUUUACGCACCGCCAUCCAUCGACAAAAAGGGUAAAGCAUCAUCGAAAGAUUUAAUCGAGCCUCAUGACUACAUGCUAUCUAUAUACAGAACCUUCUCCGCGGCGGAGAAACUGGGACUCAACGCCAGUUUUUUUCGCUCGUCAAAAGCUGCAAACACUAUCGCAAGUUUUGUGGACAAUGGACAAGAUGACCUCCCACUCUCCCCUCUGAAGAGACAGCAGUAUCUGUUCGAUGUCUCAACCCUCUCCAAAAAAGCAGAGGUGCUGGGAGCCGAGCUCAGGAUAUACACUAAAGUGUCUGGGAAUUUCAGGAUAUCGGAAACAGAGCCCGUCGACAUCCAGCUCCUCUCCUGCCAUGACCACCAGCUGCUUGACUCCAAAACACUGGAUCUGCAGGAUUCUCACAGGCCCAAGUGGGAGGUGUUGGACGUCUGGGAAAUAUUCAGAGAACGACAGCAGGGGAAGCUCUUCUGCCUGGAGCUCAGGGCCUUGCUGGACAACCCUGAGAGAGAGCUGGACUUGCACCUUCUCGGCUUGCACAGGCACAGGAGGCCUCAACAGAAGAAAGCCAUCUUAGUGGUCUUCACCAGGUCCAAGAGGAGGCAAACUCUCUUUAGUGAGAGAAGAGAAGGGAGGGCACUGCUGGGCUUAGAGGAGAAGACCAAAGAGAGAGGCUCUGGCACCAAAGCCAGCAGGAGAAGGAGGACAGCUGCAUCCAAAACCCGUCACAGGAAGAGACACGGCAAAAAGGCCAAAUCCAGGUGCAGCAAGAAGCCCCUGCAUGUCAACUUCAGAGAUCUGGGCUGGGACGACUGGAUCAUUGCCCCGCUGGAUUAUGAGGCGUACCACUGUGAGGGUGUGUGUGACUUCCCCUUGCGCUCCCACCUGGAGCCCACCAACCAUGCCAUCAUCCAGACUCUGAUGAAUUCAAUGAACCCCAGCAACAUGCCACCGAGCUGCUGUGCCCCCUCCAAGCUCAGCCCAAUCAGCAUCCUUUACAUCGACUCAGGAAACAACGUGGUCUAUAAACAGUACGAGGACAUGGUGGUUGAGUCCUGUGGCUGUAGGUAGUAGAUCUGACAGCUGUAGGGAUCCACAAUGGCCUCUUUCUUGUUCUUCGGGCUCUUCGGCUAAUGGGUGUCACGCAGCAUCUCACUCUGUGCGGUGGGAAGACUGUGCCUGAAUGUGGAGAAACUAGCAACACGUAUUCAUGCAUUUCAGAACCAUGCACCCCCAAAGCCAGGUUUAGUACCUCAAACAUUGUUUGUACAUUUGUUUGUUUGUUCUGUUGCAGUACUGGUUGCCUUAUACUCUGCAGUGCCUGCGUAUUUUUGGAUAUACACUAAACGUAUCUCUUCUGUGUCACCAAAUCAACAAAAGAUUUAAAAGAACAGUUUAACAUUUUUUGGGCAAUGUGCAUAUUUGCAUCUUUGCUGGGAAUUUGAUCAGAAGGCUGAUACCACAAAAUACAAAGCUACGCCCCGGACACUGUUAGCUUAGCAUAGCUCUGUCUCUAAGGUAACAAAAUCUACCUGAAGACCUGCACAAAACACCACCUGUGAUGUGUAAAGCAAUUAGAUCAUUUCUUUAUGCGCUUUAGAUGUGCUGGUAGGUGGAUUUUGUUACCUUCAGACAGAGCCAGGCUGUUUCCCUGAUUCCAGUCUUUAUGCUAAACUACGCUAACCAUCUCUCAACUGCAGCUUCACAUUUACUGUGCGCACAUGAGUGGAAUCAAUUAUCAGAUUUAACUCUGGGCAAGAAAGCAAACAAUUUCCCUAAAUGCUAAAUUAUUUAUUUAAAUAAGAUGUCUGAAAUGUAUCAUACCUGAGGGAGAGGAAUCUGUUCAUACAAAAUAAUUGUCAGCAACAAUUAAAACAAUCUGUGUCACUUUUUACCACCAGCUGUUCUUCCCAUGGACUGCUAGUACAAUGAACAGUUGGUUAUGAAUAUGUGUGAUGGUAGAUUAGGAAUACCCUGUAGUAAAAUCAGUACAGGUACAAUGCGUGUCAGAGUACACAACUGAAACCUUGAAAUAUGUGGUGUCUUCCUACAGUCAGAGUAGUCUGAAUCCAGCUGUGUAAUAAAUCUCUAAAAAUGAUAUCACACUGGUCUAACAAUCAAUAAUAGUCUAUUGUUGUUUGUUGUUUAAUUUAGGACAUGCUGAUUGGACCACAUUGAUUGAUUACAUUUCUUGGCUUGUUUCUUCCGUACUUCAGAAAAAUGUUAUGAUUAGCAAAGUGGAAUCCUUGAGCGAGAUCUCUGCCAGGAUUAAAAAGCAGGUUUCCAGCACUUGACAUGGCCUAUAACUCAGGGAACAGCCUCGAGCGCUGGAGACAAUGUGAAGUCCCCUUUUCACAUAAAACCACCAUCAGUACAUCCUCAUUAGUUUACUUCUUUGUGUCUGUUAUGCACUGUUCAAAGGUAUCUUGUGUAAAUAUUUGAUAGAGAAAUAAUAAUUUAUGUUCUAGAAAUAAGUUAUUGCAUUUUUAUUGUCUGCUUUGCUCCAGUACAACUUCCAGACAGUGUGAGUCACACAUCUGGAUGUUCAGGUUCAAAUAAACACGUGGGUUGUUUUGAUAACGAAGCAUCACAGCUGUGUUCUGCUCGCAGAUUGUGAAAUAUUACAACAUCAUCAGUAUUGUCAAUGUGCAUCUAAAUAGGAAAGAAUUCAUCCCCAAAGAACAAGCAUUGUUUUUGUUUGGGGAAUGUGUUUCUUUUCCUAUGCUAUUGUUUAAAACAUUGGUAGCACAUUUUAGCUGUUUUAUUCUGUUUAUGUUUUGUAUUAUUUACUGGAAUCCAAAUAUAAUAUAUAAUAUGCCUGACUGACACAGAGAGAUGGAUGAAUAAUUCAUAAAUUUAGCAAACUGAGUUACAUCAGCUAUAGAGCAUUAGCUACCGAACGUUUGCUAACAUUAGCAAACAUUAGCCUCCAUAGCAGACCUAGCGAAACUGUAACAGUAAAAUAUCUGACUGUACUGAAAUAUGCAAAAGUGUGUUUAUUUCUUAUGAGGACUGUGUUACUUUAUAAUUAGACAUCUCACUUUUAACCUGCAAUAACCUUUUUUUUUUGGUCACUUGGGGGCAACAUUGUUAUCACAUUUCAAGUUGAUUGCUUGCUUUCUGUUUUUUACACA